AUAACAUACGUGAAGCAUGUGAUCUUCUGCACUCACUUCCUUAUGCCGCGAGCAUAUGUUUGUUUACGCCAAACUAGAGCACGUUAUGCAUUAACUGGAAUCUGCAGCGAUGUUAAAGUUUGUGGCAGCAGUCAGAUGAUUUCUCUCGUCCUGGAUGCAGCAGGGUAUACAAUGAAAUCCCUUCCAUGGAUCCGUUGGACCCUUGGCCUGCUGCUUCUCUGUACUGCUGAUGCAGACAGUGGAAGAAAACCUAAUUUUGUCUUUAUGAUGGUGGAUGAUUUAGGAAUUGGAGACCUUGGAUGCUACGGAAACACAACGCUGAGGACGCCUAACAUUGACAGACUGGCUCUGGAAGGGGUGAAACUGACCCAACACAUAGCUGCUGCGCCACUUUGCACUCCCAGCAGGGCGGCCUUCCUCACAGGCAGAUACCCGAUUCGGUCAGGUAUGGCAGCAACUGGACGUAUGGGAGUUUUUCUCUUUUCUGCAUCGUCAGGAGGCCUUCCACAAGAAGAAAUCACCUUUGCCAAGGCUGUCAAAGGGCAAGGCUAUUCUACUGCUGUAAUUGGGAAGUGGCACUUGGGUCUCAACUGUGAAGACAGUGCUGACCACUGCCACCAUCCUAACUCUCAUGGCUUUGACUACUUCUAUGGCACCAUUAUGACACACCUUCGGGACUGCCAGCCUGGACAUGGCUCUGUUCUACAUUUCGUCCAUGGUUACAUCCCAUACAAGGCCCUUAGUAUUGGUCUAGUUUCCCUGGUGUUACUCCAUAUUAAAGGGAUGAUAACUGUGCCCAGGAGGGUAGUUUUUGGUUUUCUAGUCCUGGUAGGGGUAGUGGUGAGUCUCUUUAGUUUGUUGGUGUACACAUUCCCCAAUCUAAAUUGCUUUGUCAUGCGAGGGCAAAAUAUUGUGGAGCAACCAUAUACAUCAGAAUAUCUCACACAAAGGAUGACCAGUGAAGCCAUAGAGUUUCUGGAAAGGAAUUCAGAGAGACCAUUCUUGCUCUUCUUCUCAUUCCUACAAGUCCACACUGGACUAUUUGCUUCUCCUCUCUUCAGGGGAAAAAGUCAGCAUGGCCUCUAUGGUGAUGCUGUCAUGGAAGUAGACUGGAGUGUAGGUCAGAUCAUGCAGACUUUGGAGCGCUUAAACUUGAAGGAAAACACACUGGUAUACAUGACUUCAGAUCAGGGGCCUCAUCUAGAAGAGAUUUCCAUUCACGGAGAGAUGCAUGGGGGUUAUAGUGGCAUAUACAAAGCUGGAAAGUCAACUAACUGGGAAGGUGGGAUUCGGAUACCGGGGAUUCUUCAUUGGCCAGGUGUCUUACCUGCCGGGAAGGUCAUUGAUGAGCCCACAAGCAACAUGGAUAUUUUCCCAACAGUGCUGAAUUUAGCUGGUGUUUCCAAACCCAGCGACAGAGUCAUUGAUGGUCAUGAUCUCAUGCCUCUGUUGCAAGGGCAAGUGGAGCGUUCUGAACAUGAAUUUAUGUUUCAUUACUGCAAUGCCCAGCUGAAUGCUGUCAGAUGGCACCCACCUAACAGUAAUGCAAUCUGGAAGGCCUUUUUAUUUACCCCUGACUUCUACCCAGAGAACAGCUCUGCCUGCUUCCACACUCAUAUCUGCCUCUGCAUCAAGCCAUUUGUUACGUUACAUGACCCUCCACUGCUUUAUGACCUGUCGAAAGACCCGACCGAAAGCACCCCCCUUAGUCCAGACACUGAGCCCCAGUUCUUCUCAGUUCUGGAGGUCAUAAGGGCAGCAGUAAACCGUCAUGCAGAGAGUCUGAAGCCUGUCCCAGUACAGGUUUCUCCUCUGCAAAUAGUAUGGAAGCCUUGGCUUCAGCCCUGCUGCUCCUCUCUCAGUCAGCUGUGCACGUGUGAAAGAGAUCAUCAAAUAGAGAAGCUACGAAAAAGAAAAGAAUAGUCAGGUAAUCAGAAUCAUAUGGCUUUAAUGCACAGGAAGGGCAUGUAAUACUCAAAAGGAUAGUUCAUAUAAAAAAUAAAUAAUUAAAAUAAAAAAUAAUUUACUCACCCUCAUGUCAUCCCAAACCUGUAUGACUCAAUUUCUCUGUAGAACACAAAAGAAGACUGUUAACCGAACAGUUUUUACUACUUCAUUGUCUGCAUUUCUAUCUUCUUUUAUGCUAAACAGAAAAUAAGAAAGUCAUACAAAUUCGGAACAAAAUGAGGAUGAGUAAAAAUGACUAAUUAAAAAAAAA